UUUGUAUAUGGCGGAGACUGUGACAAUUGUUCAGCUUCGAGCAUCGCCACAUAAAUCACAAAGUAUUUCUUUUUCAACGUGUUUUUCACCCUCAUAGUAAUGUCUCUAACUAAAUUAAAGAUCACUGGCGUGUGAUAGUGGUGGGAUUUGACUACAAGAAUGGUUGUUGAGUCGGUAAACCGUCAAUCCGGUCAUCUGAAAAUGCAGCCAACGGGAAUGACCCCGAAGGAAUUGUCGGAGAAUGAUGAUUUGGCGACAUCCCUGGUCCUUGAUCCCUUUCUCGGCUUCGUCACCCACAAAAUGAACAUCAAGUACCGUCCACUGAAGGCCAAUCGGGAUGAACUCAAGCGCAUUGUGGCUGAGUUCAUCGAGACGAAGAACUACGAAAAGGCCUAUUCGAAGAUCAUCAAGGGCGAAUGGAUCCCGCGGCAUGUGCACAACAAGAGCAAAUUGGCCCAGAAGAGACUUCAGGAGCAUAUUUAUCGGUACCUCCGUGUGUUCGCCAAGGAGUCAGGGUUUACGAUAGAACCGUGCUAUCGGUAUUCACUUGAGGGCCAAAAAGGCGCCAAGAUCUCAUCGACGCGCAAGUGGUACAAGAAUGAGAAGAUAGAGUACCUCGUGGGUUGCAUUGCGGAACUCACGGAGGCCGAGGAGACGAUGCUGCUGCAUCCGGGCAAGAAUGAUUUCAGUGUGAUGUACAGUUGCCGGAAGAAUUGUGCACAGCUGUGGCUGGGUCCAGCUGCCUACAUCAAUCACGACUGCAGGGCCAAUUGUAAGUUUGUGGCCACGGGCAGGGAUACGGCUUGUGUGAAGGUUUUGCGGGAUAUUGAAGUGGGUGAGGAGAUCACAUGCUUCUACGGGGAAGAUUUCUUCGGGGAUAACAAUGGGUACUGCGAGUGUGAGACGUGCGAGAGGCGCAGCAUGGGGGCAUUUGCCAAAGAUAAGGCCACUGGGGAGGCCAGCGAAGUGUCUCCGGCCAGUGGAUAUCGGCUGCGCGAGACUGACAACAGGAUCAACAGGAUUAAGAGUAAGGUGAGUGGUGAUUUUUAUUUAUUAUUAUUAUUUUUUUUUAAAUAAUUUUCCCCUAGGAAAGUAUGAAACCCAGGAUCAAUGUACUCCUUGUUGCCACUUUAAUAAUGCAAGAUUAGGCUUUUUAGGGAAUCAAAUGAUCUACUAUGUUCCAUCGAUGACACUAGUAAAAAUAAAACGAUGAAAUGACAAAAAUUUCAGUGUUUCAAAAGAUGAUAUAUACUCCAUCAUUUUGAAACAAUGAUUUUCAUCUUUUGUCAAUAGAUGACCAACCAUCUUUUUUCAAACACUGAAAAUCAUCUUUUGGAAACAAUGGAAUAUAUAGCAUCUUUUGAAACACUGAUUUUCAGCGUUUGGGAACAAUGCUUUUCGGUGUUUUGUAGGAUCAAAAUUUUUCAUUUCAUUGAUGGAAACACUGAUUUUCAGUGUUUCAAAUCAAUGGUUUUCGAUGUUUUGUACGAUCAAAAUUUUUCAUUUCAUUGAUCGAAACACUGUUUUUCAGUGUUUCAAAGCAAUGUUUUUCGGUGUUUUAUAGGAUCAAAAUUUUUCAUUUCAUUGAUCGAAACACUGUUUUUCAGUGUUUCAAAGCAAUGUUUUUCGGUGUUUUAUAGGAUCAAAAUUUUUCAUUUCAUUGAUCGAAACACUGUUUUUCAGUGUUUCAAAGCAAUGUUUUUCGGUGUUUUGUAGGAUCAAAAUUUUUCAUUUCAUUGAUCGAAACACUGUUUUUCAGUGUUUCAAAGCAAUGUUUUUCGGUGUUUUGUAGGAUCAAAAUUUUUCAUUUCAUUGAUCGAAACACUGUUUUUCAGUGUUUCAAAGCAAUGGUUUUCGGUGAUAUUCAUAAUACAUUGUUUAAGCUGAAAGGAAAGAAAUUAAAAAAAAAGUUUUCAUGUCAGUGCAAUAUAUUUAUUUUUCUUCUUUUUUUUUCUUUAAUUCUUUUCAUCCUUUCAAGAAGAUACACUUUUUACUGACUGAAUAUCAACAAUGAGAAUAAAAAUGAUUAACAAAAUUUAAUUUAAGUUAAAACUAAUUUAUUCCAACAUGAUACCUUGCUACACAAAAAAAAACUGUAAAAUUGUUCGUAAAUGUUUGUACUUUAUCACAAAUAUUGUUCGUAGCAUGAUCACAUGACGAGCAUUUUUUGUAUUUUUACAAACAUAUGUUCAUUCAUAUGUAGGAAUUCAUAAGUAUUUAUUUACGAACAAUUUUACAAAAUAUUUUAUUCUGUGUAGUUAAAAGAGAAAAAACGAUUGAGGGAGUCUACUGUACCAGCCAGGGGCCUCUCGACAUUUCAUUUUUCCAUACAUUUUUACAUAGAGGCACUGAAGACUAUUGGCAAGUUUUUUCCUAAAGAGAAUUGACUCAUCAGUCUGAUAUAUUUCGAAAUCGUGUAUUAAAAGCUAUCUAAAAAUAUAUAUUUCAUAAUGCUCGCUAAAAUAAUAAUACAAGAACUACGAGCAAAUUUGUUUAAAUUUAAAAAACUGAAAAAUAACUUCACUUUUUAUCAAACUUGAUGGGCCCUUGUACUAGCAGUCUUAUGCAGUUUUUAGUAGCCCCAAUUUUGCCGCGAGAAGGCUCAUAUUUGGUGUGAUUUUAUCAACUUUAAUUUUAUAGAAAAAAUGCUGGAGGAACAGCAUUAAGCGCUUCGUGAGAGGGUUAUAUUCAAGAUGGAGGCUAAAAUGGAUUUUGAAAAAAAAAAUCAAACGCCUCAAAAAAAUUGUUCGAUGGACAAUUCAAAAAAUUAUUGUCAACCAUUAUAAUGAAUUUUGACAAUGCUUUUUUACUGCUUCCCAUCGCGAUCAAUUGUAGUUGAACCUCUUCCUCCACUAUUUUAUCAUCUAUCUCCUGCCUCGAGAUCCCUUCCGGAACGAACAUGAUUAGAGACUGCAAACUUUGAAUUAGAGUCCCUUUUUGCCUCGUUUUAUCUGCAUUGGUUGGUGGCAGGAAAGUUAAUAGCUUUAAAGUAGUUUGCACUGCCAUUGCCCAAUCUAACAAAAAAUAGAACAUGAGCAAUAAUCAAAUUUUUUGGAUUUUCCAAAACGUUGUUUGUUGUAUAACGUUUUCAAGAUUAUCUUCAAAAUAUUAGUAAAAGAAUGGUAUAUUUGUGCAAAAUAUAUUAUGUGCACAACUCAAAUAAUGGCCUCAAACAGCAAAACCGUUUUUGCUAUUUUUUGAUACUUGGGUGCUUAUAUCUCCGAUUCUGAUGAACUGAUUUAUUUCUUACUUUGGGACAAUUUGUUCUCCUUUAUUUAUGCUCUCCUUCUCUUCCUUUAUGCCCGAUAAUCCUCUGAACAGAUGAAGUUCGUACAACUGACACCAGGGGCGCUGUAGUUUCAAAUAUGUCAGAAAACAUGGAAAAAUCGAACUUUUUAGCAAAUUUAAUCAAAAA